CUACACAAUCAUCACAUCUUGACAUUGUUCACCGCAGCGAACAUUGACUCAAUUUUGUCAGCUCACUGCCAUGGGCCAGUCGCGAAUUCCUCCUACCCCAAGCGAUAUCAAGCUUGAUGGCAAAACCAUUAUAAUCACCGGAGGAAAUUCUGGACUGGGUCUCGAAGCCGCCCGACAGUACCUUGUUUUGGGAGCUUCGCGUGUCAUUCUCGCUUGUCGUUCAAUCACCCGGGGACAGGAAGCACUGUCCGCGCUGCGGGCUGACCCAGUUGUCAAUAAUGCAAAUCCAGGCGCCAUCAUUGAGGUGUUUGAGCUCGACCUGGCCGACUACCAAUCUGGACUUCGCUUUACCGAUAAGGUCAAGAAGGAGGUCAAAGAGCUAGACAUUCUUCUGAACAAUGGCGGGCAAGUAGUGAUAAAGUAUGAGAAAGCCCCGACCGGGCACGAGCGGAAUUUCCAAGUCAAUUGUCUCACCCAUAUCCUUAUUUGCCUCGAACUUUUCCCACUUCUUCGAGCCACCGCCGCUUCUCAAGGGUCGCCAACGCGCAUCACGUACACAGGCUCUGCAGCUCAGAUCAGCCAGAACACCCUUAGCAAGAAGCCUAUCACGUCAACAGAGACAGUUCUGGGUCACUUCGACGAGGAAGCCAAUUUCAGCUCCUGGUUUCGCUACGCCGACACCAAGCUUGCGGUCAACGCCCACGUUCGGCGAUUGGCCAUGCUAGCCCCCUCUGAGGUCAUCGUCAACAACAUUUGCCCUGGGUUUGUGCGAACGGGUCUCGAUAAGAAUCUGCCCAUCCACUUGAAGUUUCUCAUGAGCCUUGUCCGCAAGUCUGCCGGCCGUACGCCGGAGGAGGGUGCGCGGACCCUGAUUUACGCAAGCGCUGUUGCAGGUCCUAAGACGAAUGGCAAAUUCAUGCAAAAUAACAAGAUUGAUGCGCGUGCCGAGUUUCUUAACGGACCUGACGGGGAGAAAUUCAUUGACGAGCUAUGGAAGGAGACUCUGGAAGAUGUAAUAAAAGUGGAUCCAACGCUGUCCUGGGCAUUGGCAAUUGGAUCUUCGUGAUAGUACGUACAUAGUAGUGGACACUGCGACACCAACAAUAUUGCGCGGAUCUGCCACUUUUGUGAUAUAAAAUCCUAGGAGCAACUUGAUAACGUGACGUCAAAAUGCUGAAUUGGAGAAAUCAAUACGUUAUGGC